GCGGACCCGGUGUAGCCCAUUUAGUCCCAGCUCUUCGCGGCUCGUCUCGUGGACUUGCAGCCGCACGUAGUCGCCCUCUCGACCCGCUUCAUGGCGAACGAGCGGCUCCGAGCUCUGGAGGAGGUGGAGAAGGAGAUCGCGACCAUCCUGCAGUGCGCCGGUAACAUUGUGCUGGAGCUCUCCAAAGACAAGCACAACGCCAGCCUGCUGGACAGACAGCUGGUCCAGUUCCAGGGCUCCGUCAACCGGGUGGAGAGCGAGCUGAGCGGCCAGAUCCGAUACCUCACCCAGGUAGCGACCGGUCAGCCUCACGAGGGGUCCACCUACUCGGCCAGGAAGGACUGUCAGAUGGCGCUGAACAGAGCCGAGUACGCCAAGGUCAAACUGGGAGAGAUGGGGCGGACCUGUGAAGUCAUGCUGGAGCAACAACAGCAGCAGCAGCAGCCAAUGACAUGAGAGCAGAGAGGUUCCCUCUGACUGUAUUUGCCACCAGCCGUAACAGUUUUUUAUCAAUAUUUUUCAAUUUGUAAUCGAAACCCUUAAGAAACGCCACAAGAAACACAAAGAAAAACUCUUGUGGGUGUCACUACUUUGUUCUUCUUUUUUUCCUCUAAAAUACUUUUGUUAUGGGUAUAUGUUGUUGUUUGUAACAUGUUAAGAUUCCUCUAAUACAAAGAGAGUUGAUCCCAGUGUGCGGAAUAUUACGAGUGACCGAAAUACAGUGAGAAGUCACUUUUUGGAUCAUUUCCGGAUCCCUGACUGAAUGGAGACUCUCAAAGGGGGUUCAGAUGUUUAAGUGGUUGCGUGAGGAACCUCCAGUCAGUGUACAUUAUGUUUUCUUUUGUUUAAAUAGACAUUAUAUAUGUAUAGCAGGCACGUGCACAGAUAGACCCCUAGUGGUGCUCAAGCACCAGCCCCUUUGCCCUGGAUGAGUAAAGUGCCCUUUUUGCUGGAGACACUUUUUUUAAUUCAUCCGUAUUUAAGAAUAAACGUUACUCUUUCUGUCA